GGGCGGAGCGGAGCCGCGCACCGGGCCGGGCUCCUGCGGCCGCGCUGGCGAGCGGCCGCGGCGCUUCCGCGGGGGCGGAGGGGCCUCGGCUCGGCACCGCAGCUCGGGUCAGGUUUCCUCUGACUGCGUAACCCGGCCGCAGGGGCAGGGGCGCCUGAGCACCGGCGUGAUGCUUCUGUUCUCUUUAAGCUCUUAUCGUAUCUAAGCUAUUGAAGAAGAGAAGGCUUAGAAUUCUGGUAACUAAGACUUUUUUUUGCGAUAUUGAAGCAUUUGGAAUAUACAACCGAAGUCUGGCAAGUUGAGCUUUACUGGAAGCACAAGACAGCUGACCUCUUUUACACUGCACCGGAGGGUAUUGUGGAGACCCGGCAUGCAUAAUGCCUGUUGAUGACCUUUGAAUAUUCUUGGCAAGCACGAAAACAACUGUUUCUUGAGCGUCUUGCAGGACAGUUGAUAUGUUCCAGGGAAAAGCUGUUUGUUCUGCAAAGCUCAGAAGAAUCUGCAUUCUCUUGGAUUUUAAAUAAAUAUAAAAUGAAAAUAGUUUAAAAUUUAGCUUCCAAAAUGAAUAUUGAAAAGUCAGAUGAAAAAGCAAAGAAUGGUUUGAAGUCUUCUUUACUUAUAAGGGAUGAAAAUGGGAAUAACUACGCAUGUGACAAAGCUACACCUUGCUCAAAGAACUGUGCCACCAAGAUGCAUAGUAAUUCAACUGACCAAAAUAUAGUGACUGAGCAUGACCGUGAUACCAAUGUUGAAGACAAGGGUGACUUCAAAAGUGUUCCUUUAAAACAGCAGUGUAUGGAAGCACCUGAUCUGCAGAAAACUCCUGGUGAGUAUAACUGCACAGGAGUUUUAUGGGGAGAUACAGAUGCUACAUGCAAGUCGUUUGUGACUGAACAGACUUGUGUGUAUACUUUGAGCCAUGACCUGAAUGAAACAACAAACUUCCUGAAAGAUAACCUUGCUAUGGCAAAAAUGCAAAAUCCAAGUAUUGAACAGCUGGUGCCUUAUAAUUGGACUGACUCUAACUGUGUGUUACCUCUUUCUGCUUCAGAGCAGAACAUGCAGUCCAUGGUGAAAGACAGAGUAUACUGCCACAUCAGCACAUUAGAUGUUACUAAUGUUAUGGGUGGAACAGUGGGAACUGAUCAAAAUGAAGACGUGCAUCUGAGGGAAACACCAGUAUCCUCUGAUGAAGUAUAUACAGGAGAGAAAUUUGAUACAAUUGGCGCAAAAAAAACGCCUAAUUUCUCCUCUCUGAUAGUGACUUCACAAGGCCUAAAUGCCCAUUCAGAGCUUGAGGUGCUUUGUCCUGCUUCUGCAGAUGUCAAACACUAUCUAAAAACCACUAACAACAUUGAAAAAGAACUACAGGAAGUGGAAAUACAGUCCCUAAAACUAGCUGCUGGAUCUCCUCACAGGAGAGACUUCUUAUCACACAUUAGUACAUGUGAAGAUGAGCAAAAGAAAUCCUUACAGCAUACCCCAGAGCAUGACAAAAUGGGACAUUCCACUGCUGAAACACAGAGGGGUAGACCUGUAAGCAGUGUACACCUCCCAGUAGAUAUUAUUGAUGGAAAACAAGUACCAAAGAAAACAAGUGAACACUUAACCAAAGAACAAAGUAUCCCUGGAAAUGCUGCUUUUGGAGAUAGCAACAGGUCUUUCAUGACUGAGACACUACUUUGCAGUAUACCAAAAUCAGAGAGGACUGUUAAACCUGAACUUAAAUGUGAAACAACUUUUGUGGUCUUCAGUCCUGUGGCUGAUGAAAGCAGUUCUGCUCUGUGUACUUCAACCCCUAAAGAACAAUCAAAAAAUACAACUUUUUCCAUUUCAGCUAUGGCAGAAUUUGGAGACAAGUCUUCUAAACUAAUCCCCAAUGAAGUGUUUGUAGGACAGCAUGAUAGAAGGCCGUCGUUUAAAGGUAGUUCAGGUCAAAUAGCAGGAAAACCAGUAGGCAGGUCUCCUAUUGUGUCAACAAUAACUAAAGCAAGGAAAUCUGAGAUUAUUAGUUUUCCCAAACCUAAUUUCAAAAACGUUAAGCCAAAGGUUAUGUCCAGGCCUGUGCUACAGUCGAGAGAGAGGGCGUCUUUAAAAGGAUCUCCACAAUCCCCCCAACUGUCUACUGUCUCAUCUUCGCCAGUUGCUUCCCCGAGGCAAUUGUCCCCUUCCAUAAAAGUGCUGAAAAAGAAAAUAGAUCUAGGUAAAGAUACUAAGAUGGAAUUGCCCAUAAAUAAGCCCCACAAGCUACAUCUUAGCAAACACCUCUUCACUAGCCAAGUUUUACAUGCCACAACUCAUUCCAGAAACACUUCCCACAAGGCUUCAAAGACACCCGCAUUAAAGCAGAAUCCGGAGGACAUUGGCAAAGCAAGCUCUUCCAAUUCAGCAUGCUCUUUGGUUUCUGCUGCACUUCUAACAUGUGUAGAGAACUCAAAAGCGGUGCUGAAUGAUAAAAUGGAAAGCUCAAACUCUUCGAUGCAGCCCCACGCUCAAAAUACCUGUCAGACUGGAGUUGAAAAAGAGCAGCAUGACAUGGGAAUUCUUCUGGAAGCAGCACUGUUAAAAGAUACAGCAAAUGAAACAUUUGACUUGCACUCUGUCCCUUUGAUAUCUUCUGCAAAAGCUGGGGCAGCACAAGGGAAGAAUACACCCAAGAAGGGCCCAGUCACACUACAAAGUGCAUCAGCUCCCAAAGUUAAAAUGGUGUCAUCUGUGUUUCCCUUGAAGAGAGGAAAUGAAAAUAUCUGCACAAUUAAAGCACCUUCUCACAAAGGAACUGUUCUGUCAUCAAGCUCUGGUGUAGGAACAUCUCCCAGAGAGAAGCUGGCCUCCAUGAAAAACUCUGCAGUCUCUUGGGCUAACUCUGGUAAACCGCUACCUAAAUCCAAAGUGCCUGUCAAAAGGUCAGCGCUGGAGAGAACCCAUAGCGUCUCGUCAGUCAGUAGCACCCAGAGUGAGCGAAGUCUUCUCAGCAGUAAUUCUACGAGUGCCACAAUAAUCAUCAAGAAUGGAGAAUGGUCUUCAAAAACAGCUUGUCAGAAUGGUAUUUCUGGAUCUGUCCCUUUAAAAGCAGUGCCAAGACCAAGAAUACACUCCUUGAAAACAACUCCAAAAGGAGCCAAGGCCAGGUCUGCUUCACUGAACCAGUGCCUGCCAAAAUCAUCUGGGUCGUUGCACUCAGCAAGGAAAGUCAGUGAGGCUAGAAGCAAUCAGCUGUUGGGUACUCCUGGGAGAAAUGGACCCCAAAGCCUAUCUUCUUUUGGUUCUGUUGACAAGGGUAAGCAGCGGAGUCCUAAGAACUCAUGCAUACAGACACAGACCUCCACAGAUGCGCAUUCCCAAGGGACAAAAACAGCCGAGUUGACACAAUAUAAAACAAAGUGUGAGAACCAAAGUGGAAUCAUCCUGCAGCUGAAGAAAUUGCUGUCAAGCGGUAACCAGAAGUUUGAAGCAUUAACGGUUGUGAUCCAGCACCUACAGUCUUUGAGGGAGGAAACACUAAAACAGCAUAAAGAGUUAUCUCAAGAACUGGUCAACCUCCGAGGAGAGCUGGUGACCACUUCUGCAGCUUGUGAGAAAUUGGAGAGAGACCGGAAUGAGCUGCAAGCUGCUUAUGAAGGAUUUGUGCAGAAGUUAAAUCAGCAGCAUCACAAUGAUUUAGCUGAGCUGGAGGAGAGGCUUAAACAGUUUUACACUGCAGAGUGUGAGAAACUCCAAAGCAUCUGCAUUGAAGAAGCUGAAAAGUACAAAGCACAACUCCAAGAGCAGGUUGACAACUUAAACGUCAUACAUGAAAACUUUAAGCUGGAACUUGAAAGCAGCCACUCAGAAAAAGUAGAGGAGCUAAAAAAGGAAUACGAAUCUUCUUUUUCAGAGCUCAAGAGUGCCCAUGAAUCUGAAAGGCAGUCACUUCAGGAUUCUUUUAAGGAGAAGCAGGAAUUGCUAGAGAAAAAGAUUGAUGAAUUAAAAUGUGAAAAUGACUCUCUAAGUGAGAAGUUGAAGUUAGAAGAGCAAAAACAAAUAGCCAAAGAAAAAGCCAAUCUUAAAAACCCGCAGAUUAUGUAUCUGGAACAGGAACUGGAAAGUUUGAAAGCAGUUCUGGAGAUCAAGAAUGAGAAACUACAUCAGCAGGAUAUAAAGCUAAUGAAGAUGGAAAAACUGGUGGAAAACAAUACAGUCUUAAUGGAUAAAUUGAAGAAGUUUCAGCAAGAAAAUGAAGAAUUAAAAGCUCGAAUGGACAAACACAUGGAACUUUCAAGGCAACUUUCUACUGAGCAGGCAGUUUUACAGGAGUCACUAGAAAAGGAGUCAAAAGUAAACAAACGUCUGUCAAUGGAAAAUGAAGAACUCCUGUGGAAGCUGCACAAUGGCGAUCUAUGCAGCCCAAGAAAACUGUCACCCAGUUCUCCAUCUGUGCCUCUCCAGUCCCCACGAAAUUCUGGUAACUUCUCUAGUCCUACAGUAUCACCAAGAUGACAUCUCUUGAGACAGAGGCGAUUGCAUUUCAUUUAUGAUAUGCAGAACUGAUCCUAACUUUGAUCAAAGGACCGAGAGCUAUAUUAGCCAAGUAUGAUGACUAAACUUAACUGGAAACUAUUUGGUGCAAAAACGGUGAUAAGAGACAGAAACUACAGGAGUAAGACACUCACGUUGCUCCUCCCCAAAAGACUUGAUUAUGACCUCUAUGGACAUUGUUGCACAAAGCACUUACGGAGCAAGGAAAGUCUUGUUCAUUGCCUUUUCACCUAACUAUAAGAAAAAGCUCAGGGGCUUAGAGAUAAAGAUCACAACAUUUAUAAUAUGUUCCUUACCACAGACACUUUUUUAAGGCUGUGUGUAUGCGCGUGUGUGUGCUGUGAAUGGAAUGGAUGUAACACACUGUGUGUGUGUCUAAUGCUGCCUUCUUUGCUGUGUACGUAAUAAAGGAUAAAAGCUGAAGACUAUACAUUGACAUGUACUUCCUUAAUAAUGUUGUCAGUAUGCAUGCUUUUAGCAAGGAGUUACCUGUACCCAGAAUGGAGGAGGAACUGCCAUUAGUGCUAUAGGUUAGUUUCCUUCAUCUUUCUGGUUUCAGUUCAGUACUAGGAUGGCAUGAAAAGCCUUGUCAAUUGACUUGCUAGUGGCCUACUUUAGUAUGCAGUUUUGAAUGAGUUUUAAAAACAAGUUGAAUCACAGCCAUAUUGUGCAUGAAUUAUUUGUUUAAUAUCCAUACACAACUAUCAGUUACGAUGAGACUUUUUUGCAGGACACAGUUGAUUUUGGCUCUUCAGUCAGCAGUCAUAGUCAGAAUUAGAACUAGGGUCACCCUCAAGGUCAGACCUGGGAAAUUAUUUCUAGUCUAGUUGCAGGUUUAGAUGCCCAGACCUAUCCUUUUAUCUGCUGAAAAGAAUCACUCACUUCCCAAGAACAGCAUGUCCGUUGCAGAGGCCAUCUGCUGAGGAAACAAGAUGCAAGUUGGAAAGCCAAAGGAAAAAAAAAGGUCGUAAUUGUCCUUAGGUGCAUUCUUAACGCAAUUCUCAACAAAGAUCUUAAGUAAUUCGUGAAUACCAAUUUAUCAUCUGGUGAAAACCUUUUACUUUUCAAAUAUUAGUAUUAACAUUCAUCAGGAUUGGCUAAAUCCGUCUGAGUGGGAAGAUUGUAACUGGCUGUAGAUAACUUGCCAAUUUUGCCAUACCUUCCCCCACAGACUGCAGAAUAUCAGUGUUUUGCCAGUUCAUUUGUCAAAAGGUCCUGUACAAGAGAUCCUGUAAAGUAUGAAGAAAACCUGUCCCAACUGCUUAAGCUGGAGGAUAAGGGUGUCAGCAUUUUCAUGAAAUGUCUUAUGCUGUGCUUCAAGUUUAAGUAAGGUAAUUGCAAAGCCUUGAUACUCCCUUGGUCAGACCUGUUUAAGAUCUCUACAUUGUAUCUACUAAACACAGGUUCAACUUUCCAUUAGUAUUACAAAACACUAUCAAUGCUUACAUUAGCUUGGUUUUUAAAGCACCAUGCAAUACCAUUUUCAUGACCACUGCUCUACUACUGUUUAGUGAAUGCUGUUAUCUAGCUGUAAAAUUAACUGCUUUGGAACACUAUCUUCUAAGCUGCCCUGUGUUUUUCAGUAGCUUGGGAACCUUGAAUCAAGGGGAUGGAAAGAGUUUAGGGAACUAAACUGGAGAAGCAUUUCAAACCAUCUUGGCACUUCAUUGAGGAACACAGACAUACAGACAAGACUCUAACAGUACUCAUUCUGUAAGUAAACUUGUAAUAUCCUUAAAAAUGUGACUAUUUAAUCAUUAACUUUACUUAAUUUUACAUAAUGUACAAGGUAAGGGUGCCAUUUCUAUGGAACAUUUUACUCUUUAUUCCCUUUAAGGCACUGUACAUGCCACUGCUAGUGGUGUCAGGACUUAACCUGUUUUCCAGGGGUUUCAAAUUCAACUAUGGAAAUUCUCUGUGGGCUGAAACUUGGCUUAAAGCAUAUCUUAGAACAUUCUUUUUAUUUUCUGUGGUCAAAGAGAUUUGAUCACAUGUAUUCAAGCUGAAUGCUUAAAAAAUAAACUUUUUGUACUGCUUGAA